AUGCGAAUUUAUUGUAACCAAACUAUAUUUGGAUGCUUGGCUUCAGCUGUCCUUGCAUCUGCUUUACUUCUUAUUUCAGUUAAUGAUACAAAAAUCACGAAUCAAAUCGAAUGUCAAAAAUUUCCCACAAUUUAUUACUCAAACGACAGUAAAACCUACCAAAAUUUAUUUGAAAGAGCUAUCAAAAACGCUACACGCAGGAUUUCAAUAGCUGCGACCUCAACAAAACUUGAUUUUGGAACUCUUGGUCCUCUCCUUAAUGCUUCACAUGUUCCUCCAUCAAAAAUUCAAAUAUUUACAUCAAAUGAGUCAAAUGUUCAGACUUUAUCCAAAAAACUCGGUUUUAAAUACACAAUUUACAAUCCCGAAAUCUUCCAAGCCAAAUUCCGAAUGAUUGUUUCUGACGAUAGUGCAUAUGUUAUGUCAUAUCAGCCAGUCACUGCAAUUACUCCAUUCUAUCGGAUUUUGUCUUUUGAACAAUGUACUUCAGGAUCUGACGAUAUCCUUGCAUUUAUUAAUUAUUGCAUUAACCUACAACAAUCACAUAACACACAUAUUGCAAAAAUCGAUAUGCAAGCCAAAACUUCGCCAAUUCAGCCGAUCAACAUGGAUAAUUCUUUGUUUUUCUCAUUUUAUAAUCCGAAAAGUCGUUUAUUCCCUCUACGCAUUCAUACACAACACAUUUUGGAAGAAGAACUUUCAGAUGAACCAAAUACUCUUUAUAUUUAUUCAAAAACUCCUCCAUACAUCAUGAUGUACGAAGCAUUCUCAUCAUCAGACUUCCAUUUAUACUACGAUAUCAAAGCCCUUCUCAUGAGAAACAAAACUAAAAUUUAUUAUUUGGCUUCUGUUCAUUCCGGUACACAAACUAACUGGUACAACCAACUAACUAGACAUGAUAACUUCCAACUUAGAACUUUGGACGAAUCUUACUUUUCUUUCGAUUUUAUGGUUUCUGACAACUGGACUUACAUAUUUUCACACGAAAUACGGUCUUUGGAGAUCAAUGAAGAUGUUUCUCUUCAUUUCGCAACAAAUAACUCGAAGAUUUUAUCAUCUUCAUUGGAUUUCUUUAAUAAACGAUGGAAAGAAGGAAAACCAUAUUCAGAUGAAUAA